UAAUAUUGUUUGUAAUUUUUAAUAAAAAAUAUUAAUAAUUUAUUUCUAAUAUUCAUUGUUAUCUGUUACUGAAUGCUGUUAAUAAGAGAAAAUAUUUGUUAAGAAAAAUAAAAUAAUCAUGGUCAGACCAACUGCUCAUAUUCUUGGUGAUAAACAACGUACAAAAGACAUUAAAAUAAAUGAAGAUGUUACAUUUUUUCAAAUGGGUUUAUCACAGCCCAUUGUUGAUGGUUUGUCUAAUUGUGGUUUUGAAAGACCAUCACCAAUUCAACUUACAGCUAUUCCAGUUGGUAGAUGUGGAUUUGAUUUAAUUGUUCAAGCAAAAUCUGGCACUGGAAAAACAGCUGUAUUCAGUAUAAUUGGUCUUGAAAUGAUUGAUCCUAAACUGCCAUAUGUACAGGCAUUAAUGUUGGCUCCAACUCGUGAAAUUGCUGUACAAAUUUGUGAAGUUAUAUCAGCAAUUGGUUCACAAAUCAAAGGAUUAAAAGCUCAAUGUUUCAUUGGUGGAAUACAUUUAGAAAAUGAUAAAAAUACUGUUAAUAAUUGUCAUAUUGCUGUUGGUGCACCAGGUCGUGUAAAACAUCUUAUUGAAAAAAAUAUUCUUAACACAGAAAAAAUUCGUUUAUUUGUUCUUGAUGAAGCUGAUAAAUUAAUGGACACAAGUUUUCAAAAAGACGUUAAUUUUAUUUUUUCAAAGUUACCAGAAAAUAAACAAGUCAUAUCAUCAAGUGCAACUUAUCCAGGAAAUUUAGAAACAUUUUUAAAAUUAUAUAUGCGAUCACCAGUUUUAUCAACACCAGAUUCUGAUGGACCAAUUUUACUUGGAUUACGACAAUUUGUUGUAAUUGUAAAAAAUCAUCCAAAUGCUAUGAAACAAAUACAAAUUAAAGUAGAUGAAUUAAUAAAAAUUCUAAAAGGCAUUCCAUUUAAACAAAGUCUUGUUUUUUCAAAUUAUCAAUCAAGAGCUCAAUCAGUUUGUAAUCGUGUUAAUAAAAUUAAUGGACUAGAGUCAAUAUAUUUUAUUGGUAAUCAAGAUAUGAAGAAGCGUUUUGAGGCAAUGGAAAAAUUAAAAAAUUAUAAAUGUCGUAUUAUGUUUACAACUGAUUUAACAUCACGUGGUAUUGAUGCUGAAAAUGUUAAUUUAGUUAUAAAUCUUGAUGUACCUGGUGAUGGUGCAACUUAUUUACACAGAAUUGGUAGAGCUGGUCGUUAUGGUUCACAUGGAAUUUCUAUAACUAUCAUAUCAGAAUCAGAAAUUGAUUCAUUUAGAAAUUUAAUGGUAUCUAUUGGUGGACCAAGUUUUUCACUUAUGAUAACACCAAAUAAAUAUUCUGAGAGUAUUUGGAAAAAUGAUUUAUCAACUUUUAAUAAAUUUUAUGCUGUUGAAAAUGGUGAACUGGAAGAGCAAGAAGAAAAUCAAGUAGAAGUUGAUGUGACAGCGUUGGAUAAUGUUGAUCAAGAAGUAUUAAAAAUUGAAAGUGAUUUACGUAGUGAUGAUUGCAACGAGGACAAUUGUCUUUCAAACAAAUUGGAUGAACAAAAACAUUGUUCAUCUAAUGAUGAUAACAAAGCCAUCAAUGGUGAAAAAGUUCCAUCAAAAGAGACGAAUAAUUUGAAAGUACGUGAAUCAAAAAAAAAUAUAAAAUUUGCUGAUAUUGUAAGUGAAGUAUAUGGUAAAAAAAAAAUCAUUGAACCAGAAAUUUAUAACGUAAAAUCUUCAGAAUCUAGUAAAACAUCAGAAGACCUGGAUAACGUUCAUGUAAUUAAUAUUGAAACAACAGAUAAUCCAUCAACUUUUCAAAAGUUAAAUGAAAAUAUUGAAUUUUCAAUUGAUUUAUCUGAUGUCAUUGAAGACAAUUCAGAUGAUGUUCAUAUAGACAAGCUACUUGAAUCCUUAGACUACGAUAUAAAUAAUAAACAUGAAUUGAAAAUUAAUGAUGAUUCAUUAUUAAAAACGUCAUCUAUCGAAGACAAUAAUUUUGGUUUAAAUAUUGAUGAUUUUCAAGAUCCAGAAGAUUCAAAUUUAUCAUCAACAUUUAGAUGUUUACGUGAAUACUUUUCAUUGAAAAAUGUAAAUUUAAAUGAUGAUGAAGCUAGUGUUAUUUUAUCACAAGUAAAAUUAUGGAAAAAAACUCUUGACUAUGAGAUAUAUAAUUUAGAAAAAAAAUUAAAUACUCCUGUAUGUUAUUUGAAAGACACUGGACGAAAAAUCAUCUAUGAAAAAUACUGGAAAUCUUUAAAAACAUUUUUUGAAUUUCACAAAAAAGUAUUACUCAUAAUUUAUCCUGAAUUGAAUGAUGAUAAAUUAAUCGAUUCAAUAAAUAAUAGCAAUGAAUAUAUCGUUGUAAAUCUUGAGGAAGAUAUCAAGUUACAGUCGUAUUGUCCUUAUCAAAUAUACAGUAAAAAAACACAAAAAAUAUCUAUGCUAACAAAAGAUGUUAAAGAUUAUAAAGAAGCUCUUGAGUAUUUACAUAAAUCUCAAAAUUUAAAUGAUCAAUUGUUAAAAAUAAAAACACUAUUGGCUAAAUUAAAAAAGAGUAAAAUAACAGAAUAUGAAGAAGCGAUAAAUAAUCUUUGUCAAUUACAUAAUUAUAAAAUAAGUUACAAUGAACUUUUAGAAUUUCUUGAAGAUGAAAGUAGCUUAUUUAUUAAAUUAAUUGAAUUAGAAAAAAAUAAUAUUACAAUAUCAAUAUCAAGUGAAAAUAUUACUGAAAAUAAAAAAGAUAAAAAAAAUUAUCAACAAUUAUUUCAACCACAACAUGACAAUGGAAAUAUUACAUUUAAAAAAAAUGAAAAUAAUGCUUUUCCAAAUGAUACUAUCAAGUCAUUCAAUUUAACUGAACAUUGUCUACAAAAUAUAUCAAAUAAAAAAACUUUAAGUCAUGAAAAAAAUAUGUCAAAUCAUAAAAAAUGUAAAAGCAAUUUUGCAAAAUUAUAUGAAACCGAGAAACCAUCAUAUUUAUCUCAUGAUUAUUCUGGUAAUAACUGUAGAGAUACAACAAAUGAUUAUUCAUUAAAUAACAAUUAUUAUGAAGAAACGGUAAGUGAUCAUACUGAUGUAAAAAAUUUUAAUAACUACAAUAAUAACAAUGAAAAUAUUGAAAAUUUCUUACAUAAUUUAACACUUCAAACUGAACAACUACAUCUACAAAAUUAUUUAUCAUUAAUAUUUAGUGGAUACUGA